CAUGCAGAGAUGAAACCUGCAGCAAACGCGCACUCACCCAUCAUCCAAUUCCACCGAACGCAGCAGUGAGUGAGUGCAACGCUCAUCAGCGCGCUCUCCUUUGCUGCGCUCUCCUUUGCGCUUCAGUCGUCCUGCUAGAACAGAUUUGGCAUUUGCUCGGGUCGUUGAUUCAGCGCCAGUAGGCUACUUUUGGAUACAUCAGUUACUCAAAACGAUCUACAAAUGAUUUACACAUUGUUAAUUGCUAUCUGAGGUAUUUUAAAGAAAAAAUUGAACAUAUACUGUAGCCUAUUGCCUAUUUGACAUAUUACACAUAACUGUUAGAUAUGUGGUGAUGACCGUCACCACUUUGGUGCACAAGAUACCACUGUGCGUAAUGGGAGGACAGGUGUAUGAUACUUUAAUAAGUGGAAGCCACGGGGCAGAAUGCUGUCUUCCCAUGGAUUUUCACUGAUGCCCAGAAGUGGAAGUCGGAAUACUCUUGGCUGAAAUAACACCUUGUCAAAAUGGAUCUAAUGUGGCGUCAAUUUUUCACAAUAAAAGGUGGGAUGUGAGAUUAGUGUCUUCAACCCUGAAACAGACCCAACCCAGCCCUCCUCUGUCAGUAUGGAUCCCUGGCCUCUCCUUCCGUCACCCCCCAACCUCUCCCUCCCCGAGCCCCUGUACUACGACAGCUACUUCCCAGGGAACGAGUCUGACCUGGGGUCCCGGAAUGACACUCCGGACGAGACCCACCAGGCCUUCGAUAAGACCAGCUCCGUAGUCAUCACCUUCAUCUACUUCACGGUGUGCGCCGUAGGGCUGACCGGCAACACCUUGGUGAUCUAUGUUAUCCUGCGCUACGCCAAGAUGAAGACGGUGACUAAUAUCUAUAUCCUGAACCUGGCCGUUGCCGACGUCCUCUGUAUGCUGAGUUUACCUUUCAUCGCCAUGCAGCUGGCCCUGGUCCACUGGCCCUUCGGCGCCGUACUCUGCCGCCUGGUCAUGACUGUGGACUCCCUCAACCAGUUCACCUCCAUCUUCUGCCUCACGGUCAUGAGCGUCGACCGCUACCUGGCUGUGGUCCACCCCAUAAAGUCCACCAAGUGGCGGAAGCCACGCGUGGCUAAGAUCAUCAACCUGACCGUGUGGGGAGUGUCCCUGCUGGUCAACCUGCCAAUCAUGAUCUUCAGCGGUCUGAUGCCCAAUAAGAACCAGGCGUGGGUGUGUACCAUUGUGUGGCCAGAGCCUCAGGAGAACUAUCAGACGGCCUUCAUGUUCUACACCUUCCUCCUAGGUUUCUUCCUACCGCUCAUCGUCAUCUGCCUCUGUUACCUGCUCAUCAUCAUCAAGGUAAAGUCGUCAGGCAUGCGCGUGGGCUCCACUAAGCGUAAGCGUUCGGAGAGGAAGGUGACCAGGAUGGUGUCCAUCGUAGUGGCCAUGUUCGUGCUCUGCUGGCUGCCCUUCUACGUGUUCAACGUCACCUCGGUGACUGGCACCAUCGACACCACGCCCGUCCUCAAGAGCACCUUCGAGUUUGUGGUGGUGCUAGGCUACGCCAACAGCUGUGCCAACCCCAUCCUGUACGCAUUCCUGUCAGACAACUUCAAGAAGAGCUUUCAGAACGUUCUGUGCUUGAAGAAGGUGGCGGGCCUGGAUGAGGCGGAGCGCAGCGACAGCCGAAUGGAGCGGACGCGCAUGGUCAACGACGUCACCGCGGAAAUGCACAACGCCGCGCUGCUCAAUGGCGAGCUGCAGACCAGCAUCUGAGUGUAUGUGUGGGCUGCUUGUGUGUCUCCUUGAGCAGAUGGACGGUGUGGAGCAGUUAGGACUGCUCAUAUUAAAAGGCACUCUUCUAUAUUCUCCUGUACAGCGGCCCAAACACCAAGGGGAUUCAGGCUUUCCCAAACUCGCCCCCCCGGGUGCAUCUUUUGGUUUUUGCCCCUAGGACUACACAGCUGACUCAAAUAACCAACUCAUCAUUAAUCUUUAGUUAUUUGAAUCACCUGUGUAGUGCUAGGGGGGGGGGGGAACAGAUCGUGCACCCAGGCGGGGCCCCGGAACCGAGAUUGGGAAACCCUGCAUUAGAACACAUCUGCUAAGAUCCGUCUCAGAAAAGCAAAGACAGAGAUUGAAUGGAGGAAGAUGAAAAACAGGUCUCUCAUGUUUCAUUGACAGGGAUUGAUUCGUACUGUCUUGAUCAGGAUAUGAGAAAGCACACUUUUGAUAACGCAUCUUAUUUAUUGAUCAGGAAAGAUGUUACUCUCCAAGCCAGAUGUCCUCUGACUGAAGCUGGAGACUUGAGUUUUGCAUCCAGGAUCAUUGAUUCUCCGACUUCAAACGAUCUUGAUGUUGUACAUAGACAUGGUU